CCGCGUCGAGAGCAAUUCGCCGUGUCGCAUGCCAAAGAAACGAAAAGAAAGAAAGAAAAAAGAAAAAGUGCAUCCGCGCGCGUGUUCCUCUGCGGCAACGUGUACGUCGAAUGCACCGCAACCCUUGUCGCAAUCUUCCCUCGUAUCGUUGCACUCUUCGUAUAAUUUCCCGUAUCUCAAUGAUUAUUCUCUCCGUUCGCGGGAUCGCGAUCGAUCGGCUGCACGCGAGCAAGAGUGAGAACCCGUGAUCGGUUAUCACCUUUUAAAUUUGAAGCUAACGCGAAAAAAAAAAAAAAAGAAAAAGAAGUGGUGGUUUCGUUGUGUCGUGGAGGUGCAUUCGCCGGCGCGGACCCUGAAGGCAACGCGUUCCUCUGGAGGCGCUCAGGAGACAAUCAAGAUCCAUCGCUGCCCGGAGAUGUCGGAAAGUCAAGGUGAGGCGAGGACGUGAGGUUUGAUCCGAUGAAUGGAGCCGAGCUCUGACAAAGUUUUCAGCCGAGGGCGAUCAUGACAGGAACAUACCGGAGAUCGAAAGCGCGUACGAAGAUGAGGAGCAAUUCGCCAGGGCAGCACAACCCCUGGUGAAGACGUUGUCGAUGAAGAAGACGGUGGCCCAGGCGGAGGUGGUAUGAACUUUCCCUUGAGAAUGGCGGCCGACACAACGAGGGUCGAAUCUCCAGCAUCGCCGGUGGCUUCUUACGAGGUACCGGCCAGCAGGCGAACUUCGACCCCGAGGCACCUCCACCGCCGCCGUACGUCGCACAACAGCAGACAACCUGUCUGCUCGAGCGACCAGAAAUUGACAAGAAAGUCAAGAGACACAGUAUACACGGCAUGAUGGAGGAAGAGAACGUGGUGCGACCUCAUCAGGAAAUGGCCACCCUGUCGCUUCAGGAGAAGAAAUAUCUUCUUGCCGUCGAGCGCGGAGACGUGGCUUCCGUUAGAAGAAUGCUCCAAAAAGCCCACGAGGCCGACAUUAACAUCAACUGCGUGGAUCCUCUUGGACGAUCUGCCCUGCUCAUGGCGAUCGAUAAUGAAAAUCUGGAGAUGGUGGAGCUUUUAAUAGAACACAAGGUCGAUACCAAAGAUGCACUCCUUCACGCUAUCUCCGAGGAAUUCGUUGAAGCGGUAGAGGUCCUUUUGGAGCAUGAAGAAACCCUUCAUAGGAACGGCGAGCCACAUAGUUGGGAGGCAUUACCUCCUGAUACAGCUACGUUUACGCCGGACAUUACGCCGCUGAUCUUAUCGGCCCACAGGGACAACUACGAAAUCAUAAAGAUCCUUCUGGAUCGUGGAUCCACUCUGCCGAUGCCACACGACGUUCGCUGUGGAUGCGACGAAUGCGUGACAUCGAGAAUGGAGGAUUCUCUGAGGCAUUCGAGGAGCCGAAUAAACGCCUAUCGGGCGCUGGCAUCGCCAUCCUUGAUAGCACUGUCGUCUAAAGAUCCCAUCCUGACUGCCUUUGAGCUCUCUUGGGAACUUCGACGACUCUCGUUCUUGGAGCACGAAUUCAAGAUCGAGUACCAGGAGCUUCGAAGACAGUGCCAAGAUUUUGCGACAGCUCUGCUGGACCACACUAGAAGUUCCUACGAGCUCGAAGUCCUGCUGAAUCACGACCCAACGGGACCAGCUUUUGAGCACGGAGAGAGGAUGCAUCUCAACCGCUUAAAAUUAGCCAUCAAGCUGAGACAAAAAAAGUUUGUGGCGCAUCCUAACGUGCAGCAGCUACUAGCAUCGAUCUGGUACGAGGGCCUGCCAGGAUUUCGAAGGAAGAAUAUGUUCCUCCAGGCGCUGGAGAUCGUUAGGAUCGGCGUUCUUUUCCCGUUCUUCAGCGUAGCUUAUAUCAUCGCACCUCACAGCAUGGUCGGUCAAACUAUGAGGAAGCCAUUCAUCAAAUUCAUCUGUAACUCCGCAUCAUAUUUCACUUUUCUAUUCAUGUUAAUUCUGGCUAGUCAGCGGAUAGAAAGCGUAAUCGGUAAUUGGAUGGGACACGACGUCGACGAAAACGAGCCAACGCCGACGAAACGCGGUGCCGCACCAACGAUCGUGGAAUGGAUUAUAUUGGCCUGGGUGUCGGGGUUGAUCUGGUCGGAGGUGAAGCAAUUGUGGGACGUGGGCCUGGAAGAAUACGUGAACGACAUGUGGAAUGUGAUCGACUUUGUAACGAACUCGCUGUACGUAGCUACAGUCGCGCUCCGAGUGGUAGCUUACUACAGAGUGCAAAAAGAGAACGAGGGUCAGGCACCGGGAUCACUGAUCGAGCUUCAGCGUGAGCAGUGGGACACUUGGGAUCCGAUGCUCAUCUCCGAGGGCCUCUUCUCCGCCGCUAACAUCUUCAGUUCGCUAAAGCUCGUCUACAUAUUCUCCGUGAAUCCUCACCUCGGCCCGCUACAAGUUUCUCUGUCGAGGAUGGUUGUGGACAUUAUGAAAUUCUUUUUUCUCUACGUGCUGGUUCUCUUCGCCUUCUCGUGCGGUCUCAAUCAACUUCUCUGGUAUUACGCCGACAUGGAGAAGAAACGAUGCCCUACGGCGAUGGCGUAUCCGGCCAGUACUAAUGUUACUACCGACUCCAACGCGUGCAUCGUUUGGCGCCGAUUCGCAAAUUUGUUUGAGACAAUACAAACGCUCUUCUGGGCGGUUUUCGGCUUGGUGGAUCUCGAGAGCUUCGAACUGGACGGCAUCAAAGUGUUCACCAGGUUCUGGGGCAUGUUGAUGUUCGGGACUUAUUCGGUCAUUAACAUCGUCGUCCUCCUGAAUCUCCUAAUCGCCAUGAUGAAUCAUUCCUAUCAGUUAAUCUCGGAACGCGCCGACGUCGAGUGGAAAUUCGCUAGAAGCAAACUCUGGAUCAGCUAUUUCGAAGAGGGUGGAACUGUCCCGCCGCCUUUCAACAUCAUACCUACCCCGAAGAGCGCCUGGUAUGUCGUGCAGUGGGUAUAUCGGAAGUGCUGUGGACACAGCAGGGCGGCCAAGAAGGAACACAUGCGCACGAUUAGGCGAAAAGUCAAGCAGGCCUCCGAGCGAGACUUUAGGUAUCAGAGUAUCAUGAGAAAUUUGGUGAGACGAUAUGUCACCGUCGAACAACGUAAGGCGGAAAACGAGGGCGUCACCGAGGACGACGUGAACGAGAUCAAGCAGGACAUUAGCGCAUUUCGCUGCGAGCUCAUCGAGAUACUUAAAAAUUCCGGCAUGAAUACAUCUACCGCAGCGAGUAGCGGUACCGGUGCGGGUGGUAAGAAGAAUCGCCAGAAGGAGAGACGUUUGAUGAAGGGAUUCAACAUCGCGCCGCAGCCAGGCGGAAGCGGCACUCUACCGCCCGUGGCCGAGUUCAUCGCGUCUCUUCAACAAGCGCAGCAGGAGAACUCUCACCAAGAGCUAUUUGGCUCGACUCUAAGCGGUAUAUUCGGACCGGGCGUGAAGAAGAGCCCGCAUCACACCAGCACUAAUAGCGUGCCCGGGCUGGUCACCGGGCCGCAACAAAGUCGCGGUAUCAGAGGUAGCUCCCGGAAGAAGCGCUGGGGCACUCUAAUUGAGGCUGCGAAAGCCGGAAGAGUCUCCAGACUCAUCGGUAGAUCUCGUUCGGAGGACUCGGUGUAUUCGCCGCCGUCCGAGGACGGUGGGUCGCGAUCCGAGGGUUCGUCGGACUCGAAAUCCUCCUUGGAAGGGGCAAGUCAGGACGUACAAAGUACGCACCACCCUCAUCAUUCUCAUCACGCGCAGCAUCAUGAGGCUCAUCACGUGUUCAGCCACGGGCUUGGCCCGGCUCUGGCCGCUCUGAGGAAGAAGCGCAAGAAGUUCUCGUCCUCGAGAUCGUCCACUCCCGCGAUGACCAGCAGCACCAACACGAAUCCUCCGGAUUCGAGCGCGAUGCACUCGGUCGCCACCGUCCUGGCGUCCAGAGUCUGCUCCAAGAAGCAGCUGCAACGUGCGAGCAGCGUGCCGACUCGGGGCCCCGAAAUAAUCCCGCAAUCGUCGAUAAUACCUCGACGGCACGAAGCUACGCAGAGCCAGGAACCCAGCUUCGACGUCAUCGAGCCCGCCAAUAUCAGCGAACAGCAAAAUGUCAGCGCAGUACCAUUGACACCGUCGACCACGGAGGAGAGCGUGGCGGCGAGCGUCCCGACGUCGAAGUUCACGGCGAAACGAAACGGAUCGGCGACGACGCAGCUGCGUCUUCCCGGCAUCGAGCCGAUUUCCGGCCACGACGUGUCCACCGGCUGGCUCUGAGGAAACCGACGUGUCGCCGGGCUGCGGCGGCCGAUCAGCUGACACAGGAAACAUCACUCGGAACUCACAGCGGCUUCGAGCUUCGUUUUCAACGGCCAUGAGGCUAGAACGACGCCGACGACGAUCGCGCUCGCACGCGACACGAUCGUCCCGACGUCGGCAGACGCACAAUGAUGCCUUUCUCGCGACACGACGCGCCAAUGCCGAUUAAACGUAAGAGCGACAUCGGGAAUCUCGAAGAGAAACCUAUCCUCUCUCUCGUCGACCCACUCUCCUUCCUUCAUCCGGAUGAUGCAUCCUUUUGGUACGAGCGCCGCUUCCUUCUGAUCAUACGAUGUUCAAUUCAUGAGGUAACGAAUCAAACGAAUUAUUAUUCUAAUUAUUCAACAACUUUUAUUUGCAUAUCUUUGUUUAUAUAUAUAUAUAUUUAUUUAUUUAUUUUCGCAUUCUAUACAUUUUACUGGCGCGAAGGAGUUUCAACGAUUAUUUUGAUCAACUUUUUUAUUUUCUUUCUGAUUUUUUAAAACUUUAAACAUAUUAAAUAUAGCAGUUGUACAUAAAACGUAUUUGAUGUGCAACAUUUGUGGUUGAAUUAUUCUGAAAUUAGUGAGGACCACAUGAAAUAUCAUACAUUAAUAUGAUCACAGACUAUGUGAUUUUUUUUCUUUACGCGAUCGCGAGAUUUCGCGUGACUACUUUAAGCGACGAUCGAUGGUAAAUUAUGUAUUCUGUGGAUUAUUACUAUUGCUAUUACUGCCAGAACGCGGAAUACGUGGGUCGGCAACCAAUAGCCUAGUCAACACUAGUCAGUCAGAAGAUAUCAUAACGAAAAGGUGAAAAAAAAAACUAAUUAUAUUACAUUAUUAAGUUAACUUC